AUGGUCUUGAAUGCUUUGGGCAUACCACAUCACUCAACUGCAGCACUCGUGGCUCGGCCACGGUCCGCCAUCUUUCCAGGCAGCGUGGUGGGUGUCAACACAGCCAUCCUCUCCACCAGUGGUACCUUUUCUGGUGUUGGCUUUGCCCUGCCCAUCGACACCGUGGCCAAGAAUGUGGGUGCCAUGAUCGAAGAAGGCUAUGUGUCGCGUCCCUCCAUUGGGGUGGAGCUGGCGCCCGACUCCGUGUCCGGCGCCUUGGGCGUCCCGGGAGCCAUGGUGAUGAAGGUGGUUCCCGGCGGUCCUGCUCAACAGGCUGGCAUGAGGGCUCUUCAUGGUGGUCAGCUUGGGGAUGUCAUCGUCCGGAUGGGCGGCCGGCAGAUUUCCAGCUCCAGCGAUGUCUUCCGCUACCUGGACCAGAGGAAGCCAGGUGAGGAGAUUGUCAUGCAGGUGCAGCGUCCAUCCCCCGAUGUCAACGAUGAACGUCCCGACCUCGUGGAUUUGAAGAUUCGCCUGGGCCGAUCCAACUCGAAGAUGGUUGUCUACUAG